AUGACCAUAGAGCUGGCUUCAGGUGCCUUAGAAUUUGACAGUUCUGAGGUUCCUGAUCCUCCCGCCAUAUCAUUCACAAACGAUCUGGACCGAUUGGAUUGCAUAUGGGAUGAUUCUUCACCAUCCUGGGACAACUCAUCUCCACUACUCUUGCGCGAUAGAAGUAUUGCGCUCAUUCAUUGGCUCAAGCUAUACCAAUACCCCCUGAAACCUGCGGCUUUCUGGGAGAAAUAUAGUGCGAAUGGGAAGCGUUUGCCUAUCACCAAGAUCUCUGACCUGCUCAAGCAAGCUCGGAAGCUUCGUGAUCAGGAACUGGCCCAUCAAGCCAAGGUGUCAUUUGGAACUCAGUUUUCGCAGGUGUUUGCAUAUCGCACAGGUGGUGAGGCAGAGCCUCGAGUGAAAAGCAACGUAUCCUCCAUUGCACGAACCUUCGAGAAGUUGCAAGCUUCCACAAUCUCAUGA